CAUAACCUCAAAACCCGAUUCAUUUUUGACAGAACAUAAAAAAUCUUUUUAAUUUCGGUACAAUUCGCCCCAAAAAGUCGUUUUAUCUUUUUGUACAUCAUCAUCACCGUUUGCAUUUACAAACCAUUAUAAAGAUUGUAAAGAUAUGUAAAUUGCGGUAUCGUAAUGAUGCUUUAUAUUACGCGCGUAUUUCGACUGAAAGUUUCUUCGUUGGUGAACGCAAAAAUACAAAGAAAAAGAUGGAAAGGCGAAAGACCGCUAAAGCUCGAGAAAAUGAGUCGCUUUUGAUGGAAAAUGGGGACGCGUCUCGAGUUACAACCACCGGUUCUAACCUACAAGGUGAUAAACAGAAUAUUGCGUUGUUGUUCUUUCUGUAUACUUUACAAGGAAUUCCAUUGGGAUUAAGUGCUGCUAUUCCCAUGAUUUUACAAAAUCGUGGGGUUAGUUAUAAACAGCAGGCUGAAUUUAGUUUUGUUAAUUGGCCAUUUAGUUUAAAACUGUUAUGGGCCCCAAUAGUGGAUUCAAUGUUUUCAUCAAGAAUUGGAAGACGUAAAACAUGGUUAAUUCCAACUCAAUAUUUAAUAGGUGGAUUUAUGCUGUUUUUGAGUCACCAUGUCGAUGCGUGGUUAGGCGAUAAAGAGACAACCCCCAACAUUGGGAUUUUAACCCUACUUUUCUUCGCGUUAAAUUUCCUUGCUGCCACUCAAGAUAUAGCGGUGGACGGUUGGGCUUUAACAAUGUUAAAAAAAUGUAACGUCGGGCACGCUUCGACUUGUAACAGCGUGGGACAAACCGCCGGAUUUUUUUUGAGUUACGUUCUAUUCAUGGCCUUGGAAUCGCCAAGUUUUUCAAAUACUUAUCUAAGAACAGUUCCAAAAGAUGAAGGAAUUGUAACCCUUUCGGGAUUUUUAGUAUUUUGGGGUUGGGUCUUUAUUGUAAUAACAACAAUUGUAGCCGUUUUUAAAAAGGAAACUCAAAGUGUACAUUCCGCACACGUCGAAGGAGAAGUCGACAGAGACAUAAAGACUGCAUAUUUGUUUUUGAUACAGAUACUAAAAUUGAAACCGGUUCAAUUAUUAGUUGUGAUAUUAUUAACAAGCAAAAUGGGAUUUUCUGCCACAGAUAGCGUAAUGACCUUGAAAUUAGUUGAAUCUGGUAUUCCAAAGGAACGAUUGGGUUUGAUGGCGGUUCCUUUGAUACCGUUACAAAUCGCUUUGCCUUUAAUCAUUUCUAAAUACACAACGGGACCACGUCCUAUGGACAUUUUUAUUAAAUUCAUUCCUUAUCGGUUAUUAUUUGGGUUUGUGGCUGCCUUUUUGGUUUGGAUCACGCCCAUUUUAGCACCUAAUGCCACAGAGAGUAUUCCAUUAAUUUAUUAUGCGCUUUUAUUAAUCUGUUAUGUUUUGCAUCAGAUUUGUGUUUACAGUAUGUUUGUAUCAAUAAUGGCAUUUUUCGCAAAAAUCAGUGACCCCAUAGUCGGGGGGACUUAUAUGACGUUAUUAAAUACUUUAACGAAUUUGGGUGGAAAUUGGCCAGCGGCUGUCGCUUUAUUUUUCGUCGAUCCGUUAACGCGGAAAGAAUGCAUUGGAGGAACUGAAGGUUAUGAUAAUUUAUGUAGGGACACUAUCGAACAGGAACUUUGCGUUAGUAAAGGAGGAAAAUGUGUGAUACAAAUCGAUGGGUAUUAUAUCGAAACGCUGAUUUGCGCCGUUGUUGGAUUUGUUUGGUUGGCUUGGGCGAAAAGCCGGAUUAAAAGGAUACAAUCGUUCACUGAUGAUGAUUGGAAAAUAUCGAAACGAUCGAGAUAGUGCACAAAGAUGUGGUUGUUAUGUUGUUUGUGAUGGCACGGUUCUUUUUUAUUAAAUUUUUCAUAUUUCACCGGCGACGUGGUUAGAAAAUUAUUUUUUAUAUACAUGUUACAAUGAGAAAUAGCUAAUUAUUUUGCGUUAUUAAUUUAUUCGUUUUCGUUUAUCGAAUAUGUGACAAUAUCUAGAGUUUUUUGAUGAACUGUACAAAAUCUGGUUGAAUCAAUAAAUGUGAAUAGGUUUUUAA